GGCUGGGUUCUUCAAUGGCAGCCUGAAUUUAACCGGCUGCUCGGCGCGGCUCAGUUCCGCCUGGGAAGUGCCCGCGUCCGACGCUCAAUGGCUGUCAGACAAUUUCAGGGAGCUCCAUUUGGAACUCAGAAAGCGAGGUUUGAUGUGUGCGGUGUUCAUCCAGACAAAAAGAAGCAAGGUUCUUACACUGAACUGCCUUAUGAUAGGAGAGCAACUGAAGAACAGGAAAGAAGGUUAGGGCCUGGAUACUAUAAUGUGGACACAGGAGACUUCAGCGCUAAGUCUAUUGCUGAAAAAUCAUCAGGACCAGGAUGGACAAGGGAAUGUGAAGUAGAGCGUUUCGCUCAAACACCACAGUUAUUUUAUAAAGAACAAAAAUUAAGAGAGAAGUUCUUACAGAUGGAUCGAGGCCCAGGUAAAUACGAGAUCCCUAAUUUUCUUGACUUACUUGCAAAGAAGAAUGCUGGAAGCAGAGGUACUUUUGACUCUAGAGAAGAACGAUUUAAAAAACAAAAAAAUAAUGUCAGCCCAGGUCCUGGAUCAUACGGAAAAGGAGGAAUCCCAGCUGCAGCAUUGGAGGAGAAAGCUCGGAAAUCCGCUGGGUUACGGGGACUGAUGGAUUCAAGCAGUGCCAAGAGCCGAUCUCCUCAAGCAAUAGGUUGUGACUUAGCACCAAAUACCUACAAUAUUAGAAGUGGCUUAGACCAAUUAUUGCAACGAGUGGUUAGUAAGCGAGGCCCCUAUGAUCUCUUUACCAUUGAAAGAAGCGAUAGUAUAAAAACAGGCCAUUAUGCCACGAAGCCACUGAACCUCAGCCCGGGAAUGUAUAACAUCAAAUCAUUUACUGAUGACCUUAGGAAUGCAGAGAAGAAAAAUCAUGGGAAAUUCAGGACAGCUAAACAGUACCCAUUUCCCCCAGUGGAGAGAAUAUAUUAUGGGUCAGCAAAUCUGUUUCAGCAACCAAUGGGUAACACUGACUUUUAUGAUGUGAAGCAACUUCCAAGACCAGAAAAUCAAAAUCCACCUCCUUUUUUGUCAUCCACGGGCCGGGCUGCACGUACGUCAAUGAAAAUGCUCACCUUUAACCCUAAUAAUAUUGGUGUUGGCCGCUAUGACCCCAUGAAAUAUGAUCCAAGGCCAGUGAAUACUUACAAUUCAUGUUUCAAGUCGAAAACGCAGCGAUCCCUUGACAACUUGGAGAGAAACAAGUAUAUGGAGGAACGCCUAAGAAAUACAACGGCCCAUCCAGAUCCAGAUGAUUCAAGCUGAGUAACAUUUUUAUAUCUAAAGAUAAAAUAAAGGAGUCAGAAACUCAA